AGGUCCCUCUCCACAGACUGCCAACUCUGUACGAGGUGUAGCCGCUAAUGGCUCCGCCCUACCCCGCCUCGGGGUGCGGCUCUCCCCACCCCGCACCAUGCCAACCGGCUGCCAUGGCGGCACCCCGCGGCAGUACUCCGCCGCGGUCCGGCCGCAAAGCGGCUCCUGCUCCGGCCGGGCUUGGGCCGCAGUGUUCCUUUAACCCGGCUGCUGCUUCUCCGUCCGGCCGGGCUGCCGGGCUCAGGAAUAUGUCACGGAGGUUUGCUGCUGGAUCUAGGAAAUAUUCAGGAACUGUAAAUGCUGAGAGUCUGUGUUGGACACCUGCUGUAAAUUCAAAAUCUAGUGUGUGCAUUGAGAACAUGCCAUCAGAAAUGCUGAUUAAGGUAUUUUCCUAUUUGGAUGCUAUCUCCCUGCUGCAAGUUGCUUGUGUGAAUAAGCGCUUCUAUCAGCUGGCCAGUGAUAAUGGAAUCUGGCUGAAAAUUUAUUCCAGUCGUUUUCCAGCAAAACGGAGAAUUUGGAAAAAUGGGCUUCUACAGAUGGAAACUGCUCCUUUGAGCUGUGCUGCUGUGGAGGAACGAAAGCCUGGAUACUGGAAGAGAGAAUACAUCUCAAAACAAAUAGCUGCUGUCCAAGUUAGAGUAAUGCAACUUGUUAAACCUGUCGAUCCAUAUACAGGUCUUCCAUGUAAAAACCAAAAAGCUAUAAAAGUCUCUGGUUUGAGCUGGAUAAUUGUUGUAAAGGACAAAAAUGAAAAGGAACAUGUAAUGGAGACAGCACACCUAUCAUUUAAGGACACGUCUGUUAGUAUAUUUUGGGAUGGCACAAGUUGGCCAUGCUUGGAUGUUCUAUCAACCCUAAAAUUAUUUGGAGUUCUAUCACUGUUUCCUGACCAAAGCACAGCUCCAAGCAAGAAUGGUCCUCGUCGACGUUCCCUAAUUGCUGAGUAUUAUCUUUCUCACCUGACUGAAAGCAGUGCAGCAGUUGGGUCUGAUAAGCUUGUCCAACUCUUCAGUUUGAAUCCAGGACUUGUUGUAGGCCUGUGGAAGGGAAGUAAUGAAAUUGCUUUUGUUAUGGCGAGUCUUCAUUAUCAUCAGCUUCUUGAGAGAAGUGCUUUGGGUUCUGCCACAGUUCAGUACUCUCUUCCCCCUCAUAAACCUGUGCUGGAUGAUAUUGACCCAGAAUAUGGACUGCAUGGCUACGACCUACAUCUUGAUAUGCACAGCGGAAAGCAUGCUUGCAUGUGCGGAACGUUCAGGAAUCUCUUCUGCAGAAAAGGUGACAUUGAAAAUGGAUAUUUGAAGCUCACAGUUGUAAGCUUAAAGGAUAACACAAAGCACAUACCUCUUAUUGGGACAGUUGGCUUAUCCUGGGAAACAACUGCCUUUAAAGGCAUUGUAAAGGACUGUUGCAUGUUGGAUGUUACUGUCUUGGAUGAAACUCAAAAACCCUUCUGGUGUUUCAGUGCCCCGGUUUGCAUGGAACUCUCUUCCAAAGUGUCCAACCUUUAUGAUUAUAUGGGUCAUAUCUAUACCGCAGACUAUGUAGAUUCAGAAGGUAAAGUCUGUGCUGAGCUGGUAUGGUUGGAAGAAACCAAAGAGUAUUUCAUAGUCAGUCUGGUUCUUUACAUAAGCAUUGAAAAGGUUAAUAAUUGGUAUGGAACAAGCUACUGAUAUAAGUUUAUUGUUGCUUUCUUUGCUUUAAAAUAAUAAUAAAGUGAACUUUAUGUAUUUCAUGUUUAAAAUUUAAUGUGAAUGGGUCAUACUGUGUGCGAGUUUUGCAUACAUUUGUUAUUGAUGUUGGAUGAAUUGGAGAGCGAUACUGAUAAAAAUUACUGUUUGUUUUUUUUUUUCCUCUUGAACAUCACAUAGCUUGUUGCUGGUACUGUAUGUAUUGAAAAUAUUUUUAGUAAUAAAUGUUUUUUUUUUUAAACUAUACUCAAAGGUGUCUAAAUAAAGAAGAUAAGGCUGAGGUA